GCAAAGGAGAGGCUACAGCGAGAUGACGGCAUUCGUAUGGAAUGGUCGGACCAGGAGGUUGCUCUGUGGUGUCCGAUACGUUGACUGCAAGCCCGUGACUAAAAGGCUCCACUGGCCGGUGUUUCAGCGCCCCCCAGUCACACCAUUGCCACCUGGCACCAUCCAGUGAUUGACCCACAACAUAUUGCACGGUAACCCCACUACUCCCAGACGUUGUGCGCCAGUAUUGUAGCACGUGGCGUUAGCCUCGUCGACAGAGAGCGGGGCUGAAGCAGCUCAAGGCAAAUUGAGUCGCCGUUUGAGUCUGUUCCCUGCGCAUCUUCUCGAAGCUCUCGGUCCGCCUGUCUUUCCUCCUCUUGUCGAGCACCCGUGAACCGUACAGCCUGUACAUACAGCUCAGCUUUGCCAUCGUCACUCGAAGCUAAAAGUCCGCGAGUCUCGGGGGGAAAGCGGUCUGUCAAUUGUUCACACAGUCAGUUCGCUCGCUAGUCGGCGGGCCGCAAGCGGAAGCAGCGAACGGACGGACGUGGUGACGGACGGACGAAAGGAGGGCGGAGAGCAGGAGACAGAGGCCCGACCGACAAGCAGACAAUUCCGUAGCUGCCAAAGGGGCCGGACUAUCCUAUCGAGUGCCUUGCACAACGCAUGCCACAACCGCAGGCGCCGCCGCGAGCCGCUGCAGCUCCACGCGGCAACAGUGCCAUGGCCCAAUUCAAACCCAAACGCUGGCAGGUCGAGGACCGAUGCGGCCUCUGCAACGUCGAGUUCUCGCUGAUGAACACACGACACCACUGCCGCCACUGUGGACUCUCCGUGUGUGGCAAACACUCCAGGAACAAGGUGAUCGUGCCCACCUCGCUGUCUAAAGUGCCGCAGCGAGUGUGUGACAAGUGCUACCCAAAGUGCCGCAGUAUUGCACGGGGCCUCGCACCUCCGCCUCGCCGUGACUUGCCCGAUGACAAGCCACGACGUCACACACUGGAAGCGAGGGAUGAACGUGAAUACGGGCAGCGGAUGCGAAGCCCAGGCGGUGGACCGAGGAAAACGUUGGAGGAGGCUCGAAGAGAUAACAGGACGUGGAAUGGAGAUGACGACUAUGAGGAGCCUAGACGUGUGAUGCGACGGGAUGCAGAGCCUCGUACUGUGCACUCAACACGCGAUCGCCGGAUGAGGUCUCCUCGAGCCAAGUCUCCACAUGCUGCGAGGUCUCCACACGGAAGAGAUCCACGAGAAGUGGUUUCCACGCGUGGUAAAUCACGUGACCGACCUUCUCGUGAUGGAGAUCUGCGCCCUAGGGACCUAUUUCCUGAUCCACGGGACAAGGAACGGCGUAGCAGAGACCCACGGGAACGAGAUCCACUUGAGAUGGAGAGACGGAUGCGAGACCCAAGAGAAAGAGACCCUCGUGAGAGAGAUCGACGUAUCAGGGACCCCCGUGAGAGAGAUCCCCGUAGAGAUCCCCGUGAAAGGGAACGACGUGAGAGGGAUCCUCGUGAGAGAGAGCGACGUGACAGAGCUCUACAUGAACGAGACUUGUUUGAUGGCGCUCCGCGUAUGAGGACUCGUGACUCGCCACAGAAAGAGCGACAUCGGAUGCCAACCACGGAGCCAACUAGGAACCGAAAGCAUGAGCAGAUGCGCAGCCCCGUGCCCAGUCUCGUCAAACAGCGGUCGAGUGGCAAGACUCGGGCAGACACGUCGUCUACGUGCCGCACCACGUCGUCAACGCUGAGUAAUCUGUACGCUGCUUUGAAUGCCAACGAGGAAAUCAAGCCCCAAGCACAGCUACCAAAACCCAAACCGAAGCGACGUAAGGAGCAGGAGAAGAAGGAGAAGCCGAGUGCACUUGCCGAUUCAACAUUCUCCAUUUUCAGCUUGGCAGGAUCCGACCACGAAGACCCGGCAGCCAAAGCACGCAACAAUGCAGCGAACAAGAAGAAAGAGAUGCGUCGGCCAGGUGCCAACAUCACAAACCGUGAAUCAAUGGAGAAGAAGGAGCAUCUGGACUUUAGCGCGUCCUCCAGCAGCGUCAAGAGCUUUGAGGUGUCGGCCAUCACGCAGAAGUAUCUAAACCCGAAACCAGCCAAAGCGGCGAUGCAGAAGACGAGUCUAAAGCCGAUGAUUGAGGAGGACAGCGAAGAAGAAUCGACUAGAGGAGUGAGCAGACGGAAAGCAGCCCCGCAAGGGUAUCCCAGUGAGCGCAGACGUAAUGAGCCUUUGAGUCAGCGCAGACACGACAAUAGGGUCCGUGGUGAAACGCACAGCGCUCGUAAGAGGCUACCACCGUUCCAGCGUGGCAGGCCUGAUGCUAGUUUCCGAGACAGUGACGAAAUAUUACGAGAGCGCAAGGGAAGCGAUGAUACUCGAAAGUUGUCGUCUCAAAAUAGUGGAGCCAAGUCAUCGCGUACGUCGUCUAUCUCGGACGGAUUCAAGGAGACGCGUGCUUUAUUGGGUAGCGACAGUUCGUACAGCAGCGUCGACGACUACUUCAGUAACGACGAGGACGAGGCUCUCGCGAAGCUUCUUGCUGCAUCCAACCGCGGGAAAAAGGACCUGACUGCGAAGCUUCGAGCCAAGAAGGAGGCGAUUGCUGGAAUCGACGCUGCCAGUCUUGAGGCAAAUAAAAAGGCUCGAACAACUGCCAACUACAAGUUGACUAAGAGAGAUCAAGAGAUGAUGCGUCAGAUCUCGGAGUUGGAAGCCAUUGUACUUCAGCACCAGAAGGAGCUGCCGGAUUUACUGGACAUGUACAGCGAGGCUAUCAAGAGAUCACAAAAGGCACAGAGAGAGCUGCAGAAGGCCAAGGUGCGCGUGGCUCGAUACGAAAAGGCACACGCUGCGGUGUCACGAGCCAUUCGGACUGGAAAAUCGUUCAUGGAGCAGAAGGAGUACAUGGCUGCCAUUCUGGAGCUGUCACGUGCUACAGGGAUCGAGCGCUCGAACGCGACGCUGUGGUAUUUGCUGGCGGAGUGCCGAUUGAUGGUCAGUCAACCUGCAGCUGCAGAGGAGGCAUGCAUGACGAGUUUGAAGCUGCAACCGUCUGGAGCAGGUGUGGCCAUGCUGGGACGCAUUAUGCACGAGCGUGGGCGACACGACGAGGCCAUUGAGUGUUAUUUAUCAGCUUUGGGGCGAAACGAUGAGAGCGAGGACGAAGAAGAUAGUGAGUAGUAGUGAAGUAGUGUGUGCGUGUGCAACCCCCGCCACGCCGUAAACGCCCAGAGGAACAGAGCUGUUAAGGAUUAAAUGUUGGUGAUAAUUGACGUACUUGUUAAGUCAACGUUCAUUUGAACGGC